AUGUCUUUAUUAUGUGAGUACAGGGCCCAUGUCUUCGCUAGCAGAGCAUUGGAUGGUCGGACAGGUUCUCAUUUUCCGUCACUCAGAUCGUCUAUGUCUUCUCGAGACGAUGACCGACGUCUUUUCGAGCACUUUGUCAUUGCCGGCCUCUCACAGGAAGCACCACAGCAGGCUGCCCCAUCAACUCAAGAAUUCGGCUAUCGAAACAGCUCACCUCUGGCCCCAAUCACAGACAUUUGUGUGAUCUUCCCUAGUCUCGGAGAGACGGCACCAGAAGGAUACGAAAUUAUCGAGACCACCCAGUUAGGAUAUCCGGCAGACCUGAACCAUGGUUCAAUACGAAUGCCAAGCGUGUUUCUUUGCUACCGAAGAGGCUAUCACAAACCACCGCUGCUGGAUAUAGGAUUGAUUGAACAUGGACGUGGAGAAAAACCGAUGGUAGACACUAACAUUGUACAGACGACACCAUUUGGAAGACCUGCCAAUGUCAACAAUGCUUCGCAGAACAUUUUUCUGACGUAUCGAAGAGCUGUUCCGAGCAGCGCACCCAGUCAAUUCGUUGUAACCGACAUUUGCGUGAUUCUUGCCAACAAAGGAGAAAUACCUCUUCACACAUAUUACAAAAUCCCCAAAAACUUGAACAAGGGAAUGGUUGGAUCAGAUGUGUAUAUCUGUUAUAAAAAGUCGCAGUGCUCGACAAAACGGCUCGCCUAUAAACCGACGGUGCUGGACUAUUUCCCCAAGGCAAAAGGCAGCGAAAGCGCUGGAGAAGAUUUCAAAUUGGCACAGAAUAUUGCUCUCUUCUGUCUUCCCAUGGGAGCUCUAAUAGAGUGUUGGCCAGUCAAAUGUCAGCCACCAGACAGAGUAUUCUCCACUUUCGUUCUUACUGACGAAAAUGGCACUAAAUUUUAUGGCGCAUCUGUAUCGUUCUUCGAAAAAUACGAUGAAAAGUUGACGGAAGAACAGUUGGAACAGCUGGAACUUAGCUCUUCUGGUCGCAUCGAGGAAGCUGGAGCUGUGGAAGAUAGCUCUAGCAACAAUGACCCUGCGGACGAGAUGACCUUCUAUACAAAUCUUGCCAUCUGCAUAAUAUCACGAUAUCCAUUCUUCAAUUCGUUCAAAAGAUUUCUAUAUUAUAUACAUAGAAUAUCUGUGGGUGGUGGCGUGCAUGCUGUUCCUAUAGAGCGAUAUAUUUCACAUUUAAUGUAUGAAGUAUCAUUUCCCACUCCUCGUCGUCCUCAUGUCCUUAUGCAGCUUGGUUCCGAGACAAUCAGCUUUGAUUCACAUGACGAAAGCCAAUUACCACUAAAUGGAGCCCAAUUGUGUGACACCUUGAGAGCUCUUGGCACCGACAACCUAAUUUAUCUGAUGAUGCUGGCAUUAUUAGAACAGAAGAUUCUUGUCCAUUCUUUGAGAUCAUGGAUGCUCACUGCUGUGUCCGAGAGUGUUUGCGCUCUAAUGUUCCCGUUUCACUGGCAGUGCCCUUAUGUGCCGCAAUGUCCACUAGGACUUGCGGGAGUGCUCCAUGCUCCUUUGCCUUUCAUUGCUGGCGUUGACUCCAGGUAUUUUGAUCUUUACGAGGAUCCACCUGCUGAUGUCACCUGCUUCGAUUUGGAUACCGCCACGAUAAGUCAAUCAUUGAAUCGCCUGACUCUCAAGUUAUCUAUUUUGCCGAAGAAACCGACGAAACAACUGAAGGCUACACUGGACGACUUAUUUAGGAGGUUAAACAAGGAGGCUUUCGAUCUCGGAAGUAAAAAGGCUGACUACGUCCCUGUUGAUCGUGAAAUGGUUAUUCAGAAAAAGCGUAAAGAGUUAGAAAUGGCAAUUCAUGAUGCUUUCCUAAGGUUUAUGGCAAACUUGAUGCGUGGAUAUCAGUCUUAUCUCAAGCCAAUCAAAAGUGCGCCCGCUAGUAUUAACGCAACUGAUACCGGAAAUCUAUUUGAUUUGGAAGGCUUUUUGAAAUCAAGGGAUAAAUCAGGCACUGAGUUCUUUAGGAGGUUUUGCGCAACGCAAUCUUUCAUCCGCUUUAUUGAGGAACGGAGUUUUAUUUCUGAUAAGAACACAUACAAUGCGUUUUUUGAUGACUGCAUCGCGAAAGUGGAUAGUAAUGAUGGCAGCGAUGUGUCUCUUCUUGAAAUUGACGGCACUGCGCAUCUUAAUAACACCUCUGUAUUCAUCGCUCCACCUGAGCCGAUCAUUGACUCAGCUACGGGGCAUGAAAGGGAGUUCAAGUAUGACCGUUUUCCUCGUCAUCUGGACUCUUCCUUAUUCCAGAUGGAUCAUUUAAGUCUGAACCGAAACACUGAUCAACAAUCUGUUCCGGUUCAGUAUGAGAAUAACCGUUGCGCUGCGGUUCGAACAAAGCCCGAAAUCAGAUCAUCGAUGCUUGCUGCCACUAACUCCGUACGAACUAACCCUUUACAGUGGCCGAAAACACUUCUGUUCUAUUCUUAUUCAUUAUGGUUCAUGCAAUUGCCUAGUCUCAUUGCUAUCGCUCCAAACAAGAAGAAAAUACUUCUUUUGGCAUUUCAUAUUCUCGAUCGCAUGGAACAUACAGAAGUGUUCCCUCUAGAUCAAGUCUGCUACCGUAUUCUCAUUGAGUUGUGUGGUGAAUGCGGCGAACCUUCGUUGGCAGUGAAAGUGCUGCAGGCUAUGCAUCGUGCUGGUGUUGAGCAAAACGCGGUAACAUACGGAAUUUACCAUCGUGCUGUGUUGAACGCGAAAUGGCCAACUCCAUCCAGACAACGAGCAAUUGAAGCAUGGUCCCAGCUGAGGCUUUUCGUACAUGCUCUUGCCAAACUCAAAGCAUCUUUACGGACGGAUUCCAGGAAUCUGUGCCCUGUAUCAACAGAUUCUCAUUCGGUAAGCGACGGUGGAUAUCACAGUGAUAAAACUGCUGAGGAAAAACGCAUGGAAGCAUUGGAAUUGGAAACGAAACCUUAUGUAAUCUCGUACCAUGCUCUCCAGGAUAACAGCGAAAAGGAUGUACUUUCUUCCGGGAACGAUGAAGAUCCAUUGAGCAAAAACAAUCCUCUGGAUCCUCUCGGAGCUUUAUCCUCAUGCGAGACUCCCAAGGUUACUCCUAACCACUUACCAAUGAGCCCUAGUAGGGCAAAAUUUAUGGCAGAUUUGGAAUCGACACCAUUUGCAAAUGAAUACAACUCAAAGACUGAAAACAAAACACCAAACAAGUCACUUGGAUGGCUGAAGGGUAUAACAAAUAGCCCCAUAAUGAAGAUGAUCCGCAGUCAAACCUUUGAAACUCCGAAACCAAUGGAGAAUGAUCCACAAAAUCUGGCGAUGAGUCCCAGUCUUCACUCGUUGGUCAAUCAAGUUUGGAAAGGGUACGACGAUGUUCGCAUGGAUGCUGUAUCUUCGAAGUUGAAAUUGGGAGUGUCGUCAUUAGUUCGAGAGGUCAAAAGUCUGAACCUAUCGCGAUCUUAUCGCGAAAAAGGCAGUGGCACGCUCUUCGGCGAUGAUUCUGAUGACGAAGCUGUUGAUAUAGAUGAAGACGAUCCUGCAUAUCAGCUCGAUUGUGGCAAAGCGGACUCCAUUCUUAGUGAUGAUUGGUGGUUAAAGGAGGUUUUCUUACAAAUACGUCGAAAUGAGAUGCGAAAAGUUGAAACAGAUGCGUCGAAAACACCUUUCGCUUCUGGAUCCAUGGUUAUGGACGUAACACUUUCCACUUGUACCCCUUGCCCAAGUUGUCGAACAAUGAUCUAUGACGAAGAGAUAAUGUCUGGCUGGAAGGUAGAUGAUCAGAACUUGAACACGGUCUGUCCUUAUUGCUUUUCUCCUGAGGAACCAGAUCAUGAAUCGGAAAGGAGAGGGGUGUUCGCUCCUAGGUUGACGGUUCAUAUGGAGUGGAGAGAUCGGCCUUCUGCAAGUUGGUACAACCCUACUAUUUUUGACGGUGACUCAGAGAGACUAAACACUACAAAUGGUUCAGAUUCAGAAAUAAAAGAUGUUUGUGUUUCUUACGUAAGCCCUUUAGUACUCCGUCGUGAAGUGGAGACUCUGUUAGCGGCUGAUUUAUACGCACUGAAGGAUCCUAAACUUAUGACUACACACCCAGUGGUUUUCUGGAAUCUAGUGUACUACCUUCGACGACUUUCCUUGCCAACCCAUCUGUACACCUGGAUAUCUUCUCGUAACCAUGUGAGAUGUGUAUACGAUCGACCUUUGGAUCACAGUGGACCCACGCCACUGUACCUUGUUAAUCCUAAUCACAGGUUCAUAUCCUCGGAGAAGGUUUCAAGCCGCUCUUUGGGGGUUUGGCGAACGGUAACUCAAUCUGUACAGGACAACAAGCUGUUUACUGCUAUACAAACUCUUAUUAAUGAUAGUAGAAGAGUUACAGAUAAUGGCCAGAUUGCUCUCGGACCACAUUUUCCUGUAUUCAGGGACAUACAGUUUGCGAGUUUGGACAUGUUCGGCAGGGCCUUGUUGCGAGACAGUCUCGACAAGCAGUACGCUGAGGAGCACAGCAAGCUACCACCGCGUAUUAUGUGCAUUAUGCCAAACCAGGACCGACCGCAAACUUUGGUGCAACGUGUAUGUCGAAAAGUGUUCCUUCCGUUGGAUCUGUUUUAA